UAUUAAUUGAAAGUAGGUUUUAAGUUAGAUUGUCAAGCAAAAAACAAAAUCUAAAAUUGAAAAAUAAAUAUAAUUUUAAAGAAAUAAGAAUAAGGGAAAUGGCAGCAACUCUUAAACCAUAUUUAACAGCUGUUAGACAUACAUUAACAGCAGCAAUGUGCUUAUGUGAUUUUCCUUCCCAAGUGGUUGAACGUCAUAACAAGCCAGAAGUUGAAGUACGAAGCUCAAAAGAAUUGCUAUUAAAUCCAGUCGUCAUAUCAAGAAAUGAAAAAGAACGUGUUUUGAUUGAAACGAGUGUUAAUUCAUUAAGAAUAAGUAUUGCAGUAAAACAAGCAGAUGAAAUUGAAAAAAUUUUAUGCCACAAAUUUACAAGAUUUAUGAUGAGAAGAGCAGAAAAUUUUAUUAUUUUAAGAAGAAAACCAAUUGAAGGAUAUGAUAUAAGUUUCUUAAUAACAAACUGCCAUACAGAACAAAUGUACAAGCAUAAACUAGUUGAUUUCGUUAUACAUUUUAUGGAAGAAAUUGAUAAAGAAAUUAGUGAAAUGAAAUUAGCAGUUAACGCUAGAGCACGUAUUUGUUCUGAAGAAUUUUUGAAACGAUUUUAAUAAAUAUUGAUUAAAAAUUUACUACAUUAAUAUUAAAAAGUAAAAUUACUUUAUACAAAAAGUUCAUAUAAAAGUCUAUAAAUAAUCCGUAUAAAAAAUAAAUUCAGUUUCAAGAAUUUUCGUAACCCAUUACCAUUUUUUUUUGUUAAUUUUAUUUUUUUCAUUAACUAAUUUUUAAAAAUGUUUAGUGCUAUUUCAUGACUUGUAGGAAUGUAAGAACGUCCUUUAUUAUUUGUUGGAUGUUCAAUGUAUAAGUACAAGAUUUUGUAACAUAGAUUUUGAUAAAUUCUAAAUUUUUUAUGCAAUAAUUUUUGUUUUGUAUCUACUUUAAUUAAAAAAUAAUGAGUUAAAUAGCGAUUAAGAGAAGUAUUAAUAUAUCAUCUAUCUUAAUUUACA